AUGACGAUACUCUCAAUAGUGGGAGGAAAGGGCCCUGGCCCGAUCGAAGGGGAAGAACCAGAGCGAUUGUCGAGAUCCCUUCACCAGAAUGCGUUGACAGCGGAAGAAUUGGGUUUCUUCAAUGAAGUGAAAAAUUUCUUAGGCAGCAGCGUCAAUGAACAAAUGCUUGUGCAGGCGAUUAAGAGUCAUGGAUCUCAUACUCAAUCGCAUUUAAGUGGUAAUAACGUUUUGAACGAUGUCAUUAGUCUUUAUUUCGAUCGAAUGGAAUCGGUCGAAAAGCCAAAUAAGCAAGUCCGAUUCGAUGAGCAUUUGGAUGUUCCUUCUCCAGCUCCAUCAGUUAGCCGUCCAUAUGCUUUUAAUACCCGUGGUACAACGAUGGAAGAACCAAAAGUAAUCGAUCUAACGUCUGAUGAGGAUAAGGGUGUUCAAAAAUGGGGAAACGUACCACGAAGUGUGCUAGGAAAUCGGGAAGAACAGGAUGUUAUUAAAGCUAUUGAAGAGUCCUUGAAAGACAAUCAAAACAUUCCUGGUUUCUCACCUUUUGCUCAAAGAGAUCCGGAAAAUCCUUAUGAAAGGCGACGGUGUGGUUUAGCACCUGUGGGAUUAAAAAAUAUAGGCAACAGUUGUUGGUUUAACGUUAUUGUGCAAACGCUGUUCCAUAUUCCACGUUUCCGACAAAUAUUGUUCGAUACACCAGUCAAUAAUAGAACGAAAUAUAUCACCGGUAAAUCAAAUUCUUGGGGAAAUGAGUCAGGCCAACCCAAUGAGACUAAUACGGAUGCGUUAACAACCUCACUUUUAAUAUCUCUUCGUCAGCUUGCUGCCUGUCUUGAAGCAUCUUCACGCGCAUAUGUUGAUCCAACAAAUGUAUUAAAGAUAAUUAGCGAGUUGAAUAUGAGUCUGAAUAAAGCUGCUCCUUGCAUAGGCAUUCAGCAGGACGCUACUGAAAUGCUUUUGCGACUGAUCGAGUGGCUUGAGGUAGCCUUCAGAGUUGAAUCAAUAUCAGAAGUGCAGUUGCAAUCUCCCCAUCCAUCAUCUUCCAGCAUUUCAUGUGGAGAAAUUAUGGAUACUAAUGACGAAAAUAUGGUGCCAAAUGCUUCUAGCGCGGAGCAAACAUUAACACCAGGUGGUGAGGCGCAUUUUGAUAAAUUAGGCAGUGAUGAUCUCAAUUCUAAUCUCACUCCGGAACAUCCGUUUGAUGCACUUUUUCAUGGUUCACAUGUUGAAAUUCGGCCUAAUGCUGAAAUCACAAUCGGAGUUUCAUCACCUCUAAAGUUGGCGAACUCACUCCAGAUGAUCAAUUUGGAUGUUAGUUAUGACAACUUAUAUGAUUCAUUAGAAGCUUAUCACCUGUCUGAUGCACCAGCGAAAGAGCUAUGGUUUGAGUCUUUGCCGUCUGUAGUUAUCUUUUCGCUGGUUCGGUUUAGUUAUAAAAAUGGCCAAACGGAAAAAGUUCAUAGUCAAUUUCAAUUUCCUCGCGUUAUAUACAUGGAUCGUUAUUUAUAUCGAAAUCGUACAUUUGUGAGUGAAAAACGAAUUGAGCGGAAAUCUUUGAAGAAACGGCUUGCACAUGUGAUGUGUGAAUUAGAAGGAUGGGAGAAGUUUCCAGCCGGCGACACAAAAAUACCGCUUCCAUCUCUUAUAGACGCUGUUGUCAAAUACGCAUCGUCAGCGACAAAUGCACAGCAGCCGAUGGAAGUUUGUGAUGAAACUCCGUCAUUUUCAAUUGUAUCUGAUUCUUCGAGUCCUCAUGUAGAAAGAGGGGAUGUAAUGUUGGUAUGUCCUUCUCUUGAUAGAACGAUAAUCCCGGCAGAUGUUGACAUGAAUACGGUGACAAGCGUCUUACAAACACUUUCAGCAAAUGCGCAGGAACGAAUUGACGAACUGCAAAAAGAGGCGAAUACACUGCAAGAAAAUAUUGAGUCCAUCUUUGAUGUCGAUGGCAUGAGGGAGGAACCGUAUCAUUUGCAUAGCGUUAUUGUCCAUGAGGGUGAAGCAAAUGUUGGACAUUACUGGGCCUAUAUAGCUAGCUCUCCUUUAUGUAACGUCCAAGAUAAAGAAGUGUCGUGGCGUAAAUUUAAUGAUAAAAGCGUUGAGCCUGCAACUUGGCAACAAAUUGAAGAAGAUUCAUUUGGUUCGAGGAGAGCUUGCUCUGCAUAUUGUUUAGUUUACACGAGAAAGAAAUGUGAGGGCGUGCUCUAUGGACAAGAACAAAAGCGGCCAGCUCAAUCGAUCGUCCAAUUGAUUGACAGCUUGCCAAAUGAUUUGAAACUUGAAGUUUCUACAGAUAAUGCUCUCUUUGAUGCAGAAAUAAUCAAGUGGGAUACGGACCAUCCAACUAUUGUGUAUGAACCCGAAAAUAGGACCAUUAUCACUCCAUGUAAGGAUGGGGAUUUAUUGGAUAUGGUAUCGUAUAAAGGUCCAGUUGAUUUCGACGCGCUAUUCAAACGACACUAUGAGCAUGCAGCGCGAUUUUUCGGACUGUUUAUGUUGGAAAGCGCCUUAAAUGCUUUGAAUGUAAUGGACGAGCUAUUUUUGGAAAGGGAUGAAAGUGCAUUCAACUUGAUACAAGAGCUGCUUACAAACCACGUGGGUCAUUACGAAAAGGCACUGAAAAUGUCGGAUAAGCUUUACAUUGACAGAUUAAUGUUUCUGAUCGACUGGGCAUCAAUAUUCGGCAUACCAUUAAAUAACUCAGCAAAAUCGAUUUUCGUUUUACGAAUGCUGAUGAAUAUAGAUGUAACCCAGUAUUCUAAUGUGGUAUCAGCUUGCGAGAAAGUUGUUGAGAAAUUUGUUGGGGAUGAUCCGUCGUCAGAAGUCAUCUUGCAUAAUACGCAUAUCCUUUAUGAAUUGUUUUGUCAAAUGGUAGCUGUGAUGAGCGAUAUCGUCAAGAAAGUUGAUCUUUCUUCAAUCAAACAGAGCGGCACUACUCUUUCUACGGACAUACAACAGUCGCGUCUGCUCUGUGUUUCGAUUCGAAUGAUGGAGAGAAUUGAUAUGUAUGCGACUGUGAAGUCUUCCAAUCUAGAUCAAAAGAUGUUUUUCUGUUUGAUACAUAAUGCCCUUCUUAUCAUUUAUGUCAUUAGGAUAAGUCAGCGUCUCAUUGAUCAUAUCGGUUCUGAAUUGGAUGAUAGUAUUCUGGCAGACAAUGAAAAUUUCUUGAAUGAGGAAUACAAAGCAAUGAUUAUUCGACUGCACAGGAUGGAUAAUGAUGCCUCUGAAAGGACUAUCCAGUAUGUCAUUUCCAUAUGGAAUCAAUUGCUAUCAAAUUCGAACGGUUUACAGAGACUGCCUCGAGUUUAUCAGAAAAUUUUGGAUGCAUCGGAGCAGAAAACACUGUCAAAUAUGCCAGCACCUAAAUUGAACGUGAAGGCAGGAAAUUCAGGGUAUGACCUUUUCCGGUUGAGGCAAGCAAUGUGUACUAAUCUCGAAGUUAAAUGCAUUGAUGAUUUGAAUAUUUUAGUACGUACAGUAGUUCAAGGAAAAAGCAUUAUUGGUAAUGCAAUUAGUAAUUGA